AUGCCAUCCGAUAAAUCAAUAUCUCCAAAGACUUCAGAGAGAAAGAAAGAAAAAUUUGAUGAGGAUGAUGGGUUUUGCUUUGAAUGCAGACCAUUGGCUUUCGUUCUUGGAUUACCCUUCGCUUUGUUGGCAUUGGUUUUAUCUGUUGUGGGUGCUAUUGUUUGGAUUCUUGGGGCAAUAUUGAGGUGUUUUUGUCCAUGUUGUGGAUGCAUAGCAGAAUUGGCCAAUCUAGCUAUGGAUCUUGUGCAGCUCCCAGUUCGAAUUCUUAGAUGGUUCAUUGACCUAAUUCCUUGUUAG